UUCCGCCCAGUUUUCCUAUGUGCACGGUCGAGUUGAAAAUGGAGUUCGAGGAAGGCAGAUGUGUUGUAACUUCUCAUUGAAUUUUAGCGCUUCUUUCGCCUCGUUUUUGUAGAAAAGAGAAAAAGAAACUUAACUUUUUUCAGUUCUGAAGGUUGGAAUUAUACACCGACGAAGCAACCCUACAGCCCUGCUCUGUGCUGGUGUCCAGAGUUGCCGAGGGAUUUGCUACCAAUAACGUGCCAAAAUUGUCGUUUUGUGGUUUUAUUAAAGCGCUGGAGUUAGUUGAUCGUUGCUGAGGGUGAUGGUGAAGAUGUUGAUGUUGUGGUGGUCGGAUUUUGCUGCAGGAAGAGAUAUGAAGAGCACCCGAUUGCUUUUCCCUUGCUCGAUUUAGUUGCUUUUGGUUUCUUGCACAGCGCUGUGAUGCAAUUUAUGUUGUGAACCCUCUUUUUGUUAUCCAAAUAAACUGGCGUUUUUGUGUGAAAGAAAAUGGUGAUAUUUGCGGCUAAUUUUCUCACCGUGGCUACGUCGUCGGUGCUACUGCUAGGAUUCGGAUCCCGGUGAGAAAAAAUGAGCGAGGAGUCGGCAAAUCCAAACAACGAUGACAGUUAUGCACGUGUGCGAGCAGUGGUGAUGACCCGGGAUGACUCAAGUGGUGGAUGGCUGCCUUUGGGAGGGGGAGGACUCAGCUGUGUUACGGUCUACAAAGUCAACCAUCAGGAGGAGAAUGGCUGCGCUGAUUUUCUCAUCCAAGGAGAACGACUUAAAGACAAAACAGUUGUCUUGGAGUGUGUUUUGAAGAAGGAGCUGGUGUACAACAAGGUUAACCCAAUAUUUCACCACUGGAGAAUCAAUGAGAAGAAGUUUGGGCUGACUUUCCAGAGUCCUGCUGAUGCAAGAGCCUUUGACAGAGGUAUUCGUCGAGCCAUCGAGGACAUCAACCAAGGUUGCCCAUCAUCUUACAGCGAACCAGAAGUCCCAGAAGAUGGAGUACAAGCAAAUCAAGAAAAUACUUCUGUUUGCACACCGACAAAAGAGCCCUUCUCCAGGCAGAGUGUGGUGACCAGCGAGCCGUGCCGCGGCUGCUACGUCCGGACCCAGGCUUUCCAGGAGUUCCCCUCUUCCCGGAGACUGUACUACCCUCCGCAGCAGAGCCAGGUCUCAUUUAAGUCAACACGCCAUGUGAGCUUUCAGGAUGAAGAUGAGAUAGUUCGAAUAAACCCCCGCAAAGACGUUCUAAUCAGAGGGUAUGAGGACUACCGACAUCCCAUCAUGUGGAAAAACGACUUGGAAAGAGAGGACAUUGAUUCCACUACUCCUUUUUCCAAACCAGAUUCGAAAAAGUCAGAGUAUCUGUACCCCUGCAGUGAUGGGCCUGAAUCCAACCCCAUCAAAGACUCCAAGGGUUCGGUGGUAUUCAAAAUGCAGCCCUCUCCUGUGCUCAAAUCGAAAAAGUCUCGACGAAGGAAGGAGGAUGGGGAACGUUCACGGUGCAUAUACUGCAGAGAGAUGUUUAACCAUGAGGACAACUGGAGAGGACAGUGCCAAGAUGCCCCAGAUCCCAUUAAGCGAUGCAUUUACCAAGUGAGCUGCAUGCUUUGUGCGGAGAGCAUGCUCUACCACUGCAUGUCGGAUUCAGAGGGCGAUUUCUCAGAUCCAUGCUCAUGCGACACUAGUGACGACAAGUUCUGCCUGAGAUGGCUGGCACUUAUAGCCUUGUCUUUCAUCGCCCCCUGUAUGUGCUGCUACCUCCCCCUGAGGGCAUGUCACCACUGCGGCGAGGCGUGUAGGUGCUGCGGAGGGAAGCACAAAGCAGCGGGAUGAGAAACGCCGGCGCAGAAGGAAGUGGAAGCUUAACAUCUUUUUUUUAUCUCCAGGCGGCAUCUUUCCUGGAUCUUUGGAGAUUUGUUUUGGCCAGCAGAACAGGAUUACCGUCUGCGUAAGGGAGCCAUGUUACAAAGCUCACUCAGCGAAGGACGUUGAGACUACAGACAUGGAGAUUACUAAACAAGGCCACCAUGCCUAUCUUUUUCAUACGCAUAGUGUAACUUGUGAAGGAGUUUGUUUUUUGUAUGGAAGGCAGCACAUUGCCUUCUAAGCUAAGUACAGAGAAUAUACUGUUUGAGUAUGCUAAAAGGGAUAUGUUCUUGCUUUUUUGUGAAUUUUGCAGUUGGGUGACAGGGGCCUUUCAUUACUAAAGCAUUUGCUGACAGUGUAAUUUUUAGACUAAAAUGCACUAGAUAACACGUCGGUUUAAAAUUUAUUUCCUGAAAGGUAACUUUCAUUAAUUCAAAUGGUAAUUAAACAGUUGUGAGUGCAACUUAAUCCUUGCUUAGCAGUGCUGAGAUGUUAUUCUGUGGUGGACAUUUUUCUUUUUUCUUUUUUGUGUGAAAAAAAUGAGUAACGCCAUACAAUUAAAGGUACGAUUAGAUAUUUUGUUUAACAUACAUUGAGAGCCCAUACUAAUAAGAUUAUUGGACCAUGGUAUUGCAUUCCACCUUAAAGAAAUUAAUUCCAUAGGUAGAAUAAAUAUGUAAUCUAUUUGCAGUACCCUCCCCUUUUCUGGUGAUAAUGCACAUUUGUCCUUGCAUUUUAUUUUAUUUUUUGGUUUAUGCAACCUCUUGACCAAUAUCUACACUUUAAAUCCAGAUACCUGAUCCAGUGUUUUUGCCCCUUUGUGUCCGAUUUCUACUGAAACUGCAGUAUAAUUUUAUUUUAGUUUGUUAAAAGCUGAAAUUUUGCUCAACCAGCAAGUUUUUUUGUUGUUUCGAGUAAUCCCCUUCUUAAAAGUCCAGCACAUGAUUGCUUUUGAAUUAGAGGUACAUUUACUGACCACGCCCAGCAUAGAAUUGCUUUGCUUCAAAUAUAAUGGUAUUAUUCCAGAUUAUAAGGAUACUAAAAUCUUUUUAAGCACUGGUUUCCAAGCUUUGGUUACAGCAUAGUGACCAAAUUCCCAAGCUACUUUGUGUACGUUCCUUGUUAGUGUGAAAUGUUCUACAGCACGUGUGUAAGUAUGUAUGUAUAUAUGUAUACAUAUAUAAAUAUAUAUACAUUCACAUAUAGCUAAGUGUGUGUGUGUGCGUGAUUAUUUAUCUAUAUAAAACCACAUGUACUCAUGUGUACAAUGUCAAUAGGCAAUCUGUAAUAAUAAUCCAUGAAAUCUCAAAUUUCCCUUUUAUAUUGGUCACUUUUAAUAGUACUUAUUUAUACACUACGUACCACAGUUAGAAUUCAAUUUAAGCUUGGUAUGUGAUAAAUCCUAAAUUCAUACUACAUUAGUAUUUACCCUUUCCUGCCAUUAUUCACUCGCCUUGAUUUUGUCACUCAUAAUGUACAUUAACUUGUCUUCUCUUAAUAAUAGCAGAUGUUUUGAUUAAGGUGUACACCUUUCAUGAGAUUAGUUGAAGAUAAAUAUGGAAAAACAUCCCCCUUUUCAUUGUGGCUUAGAAAUUGUACAUGAUAGGAGUGUAUUUUUCCUACUAAGGACUUCAUGACAGGAAAUAUGCAUUUCCCACAGACUGUUAAUAGUCAUAUCCUGUCUGUAAAAAUAGUUAAACCUGCAUUUAAAGGCUAUACUGUAUGAGGUAUGGACAUUGAGAAGCAUGCUACUUCUGAAUCUUACUCUGCAUUGGUGGUGACAACAUUUUGACACUAAGUAUUUCUUUACUUUCUAUGCAACUUGUACCUUGUGGAAAUCCUAAGGCUUAUAUCUGUCUGCAUUAAACAAUGGAUCUGACACUUUAAUAAUUUAGAUGUUAGCCCAGGUACAAACCAUUGUAAAUACAUAACACUAUAUUUAAAAAAUAAUAAUGUCCCAUCCUGAAUUUAAAAAUAAAGCAUCUUAUUUAUCACAGCUGUGAGUGAAUAGCUUGAACUGACAGCAUUAUGUAUAUAGGGCACCUUUGAGUAUUAUUUCACAUUGAAAAGUAGAGGGGGUAUGUAACAGAGAAAUGACUUUAGAGGUUUUAAUAAGAGUUUCUUUCUAGUUUUGUAUUGAAAAAUAAGGACAGAGAAAGUUAACGCGGUACAUUAGUGGCAGUCCACUUAUUUUUAAAAGUUUGAUAUCUAAAGCUGCUAGAAACAAUCACUAAUUUCAUUAUGUAAAAAAAUCACCUUUUUAAAUUUCAAAAGACUGUUAAUACAUAACCUAACUCAGUUGGUUGAAAACCAAGACACUGAGAGAAUUGUGUUUUGUUGUAGGUUCUCAUGUUUUUUUUUAAACGCUUUUUUGUUUCCUUCUGGAGUCAGGAAUUUGAUUGCUUUGCAUAGUGCGAGCUGUACCAAGGUUUGAUGAACCUAAUAAAACUUGCUGGCUGUAAAGCAAAAUCUAGGAAGAUUUGUAUAUAUUUUUGGGACAAACUAAUAAGUUUCCUUCUGUAUUAACCAGCACAGUGCAACACCUGGUUAUGUACUGUAUUUUAUAUGCAACGUGUGUCUGCUCUAAUAUUUUUUUAUCUGUCUGUUAAAUUGCAUAUGUAUGAUUUAAGUUCCUAACCACUUUGCUGCUAGUAUUUUUUUAUGAAACAGAUCAAUGCAUAGUUUUGGAAUGCAGAAAGGUGUACACUCUCACCUUCGUCUAGGUUUAAAAAAAGCAUAAUGCCUGUAUUAACUUGUUUUCCUUCAAUGUAUUGUAAAACGUGUUACUUUCUCCAGCAGCCAAGUGGUUAUUCUAAUCCUCUAAUGCUUUGGUGCACUGAUACAUUUAAGCUUUUUAUUCUUAACAGCUUUUGAUGAUGUAACUUUUAUGUGAUUAGUUCUAAAGCAUUAAAUUGUGGGAAACAUUUGUGUUUGAAACUGCGGUAUAAAUGGUACUCCAAUGUUUAUUUUGUAAACACUGCCUGUUCUUUUGUUUUGUUUGAUUUUGUUUGCUUUAGUGCCAUUUGCUUCACACCCUAACGACCUCAAAAAAGUGCCUCACAUCUAUUAUAGUUUCCAUUAAAAUCUUAACAGCUCUUGUUCUGUUUAUAUUUGUUUAUAUAUGUUUUAGGUAUUUUUAUUAUGGUUUAAAAAUACCAAGUAUAUGAUGUACAAUUUUAGUUCAAUAACUCAUGUCGUAGUUAUUUUCUUUAUACAUAUACAGAUGUAGCUUGUUACUUUUCACAAGUAUAUAAUGUAAAUAUGCAUAUAUAUAAGUUUGUAACUGUUUUUAUGUUACAUCAUACACUUGUAAUUUGACAUAUCAAAUAACAUUAUCAUAAUAAAACAGUGAGUUUU